AUGCCCAAGCCUCUGCUCAGGAUCCCUUACACGGACCUACCCCUGCCUUCAGUAAUUGCACCAGCUUCGGCCUCAACACUCCCUGGAGCUAUCGCCGCUCUCCAUCGCUUCUUUGUUGCACCCUCUCCAGGCCACCUACCUUCAUCUGCUGUUGUUCUCACUGGUGCAGGCCUUUCAGUCGCUUCGGGCUUAGCAGAUUACCGGGGUGUCAAGGGCACUUACAAGGUCAACAAGACAUAUCGACCUAUCUACUAUCCAGAAUUCCUCAAGAGUCACGAAUCUCGCAAACGAUACUGGGCUCGAAGCUUUCUAGGCUGGUCUAAUCUUCAAAAGGCAUCUCCAAACAACGGCCACUAUGCUAUAAGAGAUCUCGCAAAUCUUGGUCUGAUACGCAGUGUCAUUACUCAAAAUGUUGACUCGUUCCACCCAAGAGCUCACCCUGAUCUACCAACUCUAGAGUUACAUGGAUAUUUAAGAGCCGUUGUCUGCACGAGUUGCAAAAACGAGUUCUCCAGAAACGAAUUCCAGGAGAAAUUGGCCACUCUCAACCCUAAAUGGGCUGAGUUACUCGAGAGGGCCCUCAAGUCAGGGGCAUUAGACACUGAAGACCCAGUUGAGCGCAGAUUCAAAGGCCUGAAGGUGAACCCCGACGGCGAUGUGGAUCUGCCAGAUGCUCCCUACACAACCUUUAGAUACCCCUCUUGUCCCAAAUGCUUAUCCAGUCCCCCAAAGAAUGCUGAUGGCCAUCGACAUGUCGUCCAGGUUGACACAGAUGGUGCAUGGAAGCUUCCCAGCACCGCGGGAAUUCUAAAGCCCGCGGUGGUCAUGUUCGGAGAAAGCAUUGGCAAUCAUAUCAAGCACGCUGCCGAGGAAGCCAUCGACAACGCCGGAAAGCUGCUCGUUGUUGGAACCUCGCUUGCCACUUAUUCAGCUUGGAGGCUUGCCAAGCGAGCUCAGGAUCGGGGCAUGCCCAUCGCCAUUAUCAGCAUGGGCGGAAUCAGAGGCGAGGACAAGUUCUUCGCGGAUAUGGACCCGAACCAAGAGGGUGAGCAGGGCGUGAGGGUUGCAUUAUCGACGGACGACCUCCUUCCAGCUCUUCUUUCUGCACUGCGCAAUGAUGUUGCGCCAUCAGAAGCACCAACACAGGCUUCACUUCAAGCUUCCUUCGGAAAUCGUGGUGUUUUCAAGGAUAUGCUCUCAUGA